AUUGAUGACGCCUGAGCUGUUUGCGUUUGUUUCAGUUGUUUUUUUCUUUGCAUCGAUAUUCGCAUUGGUCACGAGCAAUGCGACUAAAUUGGUUCGGACCAAGGUUUCCCAGGCGCUGGCCCCGCAGCCCCACGACGUGAAUGUAGAGGAGGACGACGUGAAGCUCCGGAUAGCCGUGUUUUUCGGCACGCAAACAGGCACAUCGGAAAGGUUUGCGCGUGAAGUUGAGGCCGAGUUAAACCAACGAUACGGAACAGCUGUCUGUGUGCGCACGGCUGAUUUGGAGAACGUUACGCCGGACCUGGCUGACGAGUCAUUUUGUGCGAAGGAAGAGCCACUUGCUAUCUUUCUUCAGUCCACUUAUGGAGAUGGAGAGCCGACUGACACUUCGACGGAAUUCGUCCACCAACUCCGGGACCUGGCCGGAUCGGGAAAGAUGUCUAAGCAUCUUCAAAAGCUGACGUUUUCCGUGUUUGGGCUUGGAAAUAGCUCAUAUGAACAUUUUAAUGCUGCUGCGAAACUACUAGACAAAUCUCUUGAGCAAUUAGGUGCCACACGCCUCGUGGAUAUUUACUUGGGUGACGAUGAUGGUUCUCUCGAGGACGACUUUCAGAGCUGGAAGGAGUGUUUAUGGGCCGAAAUAGAAGGCAGGUAUUGUAUCAGCGCUGCAAAUAGCUGCGGAAACGAUUUGACUUCAUAUGUUGUUAUCUCUGCCUCGAUGGAUGAUGCAGAAGCUGUUCAUCAAAACUUAGAAGCCUCACUGACACAGAAUCCAGCUGAGGGUAGAACUUCUUCUACUGCUCCAUACUCCGCCCAAGUCUGUCGUGCCUUCGAACUCCAUUCGAAUGCGUCUGACCGUAGUUGCGUUCAUGUUGAUUUUAACAUUUGUGGAACUGGUAUAUGCUAUCAGCAUGGCGAUCAUCUUGGCGUCUUUGCGGAAAAUUCUUUACCUGUAGUGCAAAGAGGUGCUUCCUGUCUAAACUAUCAACUUGACUACGUGUUCACACUAACGAUUCCAUCAGGAGCUCCUGCUUCCCUUUCGACUCCAUUUCCUACCCCUUGCACUCUGAAGGCUGCACUCACAAAGUAUGCAGAUCUGCUGUCUCCCCCACGCAAGACUGCCCUUGCAGCACUUGCCUCCGUUUCUAGUAAUCCUGCUCAGAAGGCCCGUCUGUACCAUUUGGCAUCAGCGGCUGGCAAGCAAGAGUACAACGCGUACAUUGUCGAUCCUGGACGCUCCUUGCUAGAGGUUCUUGAAGCCUUUCCUUCAGCUGUUCCUCCUUUGGGUUUAUUUUUUGGGUUUGUCAGUGCUCGACUUGCACCACGAUUCUACUCGAUCUCAUGCAGUCCUUUAGAUAAUCCUGGUAUUGUAUCUGCUUCGGUCGCUGUAGUCAGAGAGGAACGACCCACUGGGCGCCUGCAUGAAGGCGUUGCUUCGAGCUUUUUGGCGCGUUACCUGCCAGAAAAAGGUGAAAGAAAUCUCCCUGCAGUAAUAAACUCACACCGCGUUCCAUUAUUUGUACACCCUAGUAACUUCAAGCUUCCACGGAAUGCAUCCACGCCAGUUGUGAUGAUUGGGCCAGGAACGGGAUUCGCUCCAUUCAGGGGGUUUCUGCAGGAGCGAGCUGCCUUACGAAGAUGUGGCAAGCUCCUCGGACCUGCAUAUCUUUUCUUUGGCUGCAGAAGUGAGCACCAUGACUUUAUCUAUCGGGAGGAGAUGGAAGAUGCUUUGGCCAAUGAAACCAUCAGUGAAUUGCACGUAGCUUUUAGUCGCGAGUUCUCUAAUCGAAAAGUGUAUGUGCAGGAUAAACUUAUGGAGUUUAGCAGCAAGCUAAAUAGUGUCAUGAAGGAUGAUCAAGGCUGUGCUGGUUCGAUUUACAUUUGUGGAAAUGCGAAGGGCAUGGCCCGUGAUGUGAACCGCGCACUCCACAGCAUCUUGAUAAGGGAAGGGGGAUACGCAGGAUACGAGGCAGAAGGCAUCAUAGCGCAUCUCUCUGAGGCAGGAAGGUACCAGAAGGAUGUAUGGUGAUGCGCAGGAAGGUCAAUCGUUAGAAGGUUUUCUUUUAUAGAACUCUACUUCCAUGUUGCGCCUUUAUCUAGUAUUUAUAUAUGUUGUCAAAGUUGUCAACAUGAAGUGAUUCUAUGUUUCU